GCAGAUGAUAGAUAGUCGUUGAGAGGAAGAAGAAAGAAACUUGUCUGUAAACUGUAAUCUCACACCCAAAAAGCAAUUAAUUAACCACAGCUGGAGGAGGAGGAGGCUCAUUUUAAUUGCAUGGGUUCCAUAAUAUUCCUUCUACUUGCUCAGUCAAAUUCGCAACGCUCGCCAUCUACUCCAUGCCUCUCAUAAGAAACUCGUUUCACCACUUUCAGUUAUCACGUCUUCCUUUCCUUGUCAUCCUUUUUAGAUUGGUCUUGACUCUCGUUCGCUUCAGAGAUUUAGGAGACGAAGAACAGUAGUCUAUUUUGAUUUUGCAGACAAUUCAGAGUCUUUCUUUCAUCCUUAUAUUGUCAUUAAAACAUACAUACCCCUCUGUCUCGCUGGGUAGAAAGAGAUAAGAAGGCGGCAAUCCGUAGCUAAUUAAAACCCGGCCGGCGAAAUUAGGAGCAGAUGACGAUGAGGAACUCUGCCACUCGCGUGAUUAUGGAGAUCGAGGCAAACCAGCCGCAAGGAAACGGUCUCAUAGUGGGAGGCCUAAGUCCUCUGAGCGAGACCUUGUGGAAGGAGAAGGCCAAUACAGAAUUCGUAGGGGAUAUGUCUGCUAGGCUUACUUGGAAGGAUCUGAUUGUGAUGGUGACACUCAGCAAUGGAGAGACCCAAAAUGUUUUGGAAGGCCUCACUGGUUAUGCUGAGCCUGGAACGUUCACCGCCCUGAUGGGGCCUUCUGGUUCUGGAAAAUCUACUCUGCUUGAUGCUCUGUCCGGCCGCCUUGCUGCCAACGCCUUUCUUUCCGGCACCAUACUCCUCAAUGGCCGGAAAACAAAGCUUUCUUUUGGCACUGCUGCAUAUGUGACACAAGAUGACAACUUGAUUGGUACUCUAACGGUUCGGGAAACAAUUUCUUACUCCGCUAGACUACGUCUCCCCGACAAGAUGCCUUGGUCCGAGAAGCGCGCAUUAGUUGAGAGUACCAUCAUGGAAAUGGGUCUUCAAGAUUGUGCUGAUACAGUUAUUGGGAAUUGGCAUUUGCGUGGGAUCAGCGGAGGAGAAAAGCGGAGGGUGAGCAUUGGCCUUGAAAUCCUGAUGAGGCCCCGGCUGCUCUUCCUGGAUGAGCCAACAAGCGGACUUGAUAGUGCGUCGGCGUUCUUUGUAACUCAGACAUUGCGUGGUCUCUCUAGAGACGGAAGGACUGUAAUAGCUUCAAUUCAUCAGCCCAGCAGUGAAGUUUUUGAGCUGUUUGAUCGCCUAUACCUGCUUUCUGCAGGGAAGACUGUUUACUUUGGUCAGGCUUCAGAAGCUUAUGAGUUCUUUGCACAGGCUGGAUUUCCUUGCCCAGCUUUGAGGAAUCCAUCUGAUCAUUUUCUUAGGUGCAUUAACUCUGACUUCGACAAAGUUAAGGCCACUCUUAAAGGAUCCAUGAAAUUGCGGUUUGAGUCAAAUGAUGAUCCUCUGGAGAAGAUAACAACAGCAGAAGCUAUCCGAACUCUUAUUGACUUUUAUCGUACUUCGCAGUACUGUUACUCAGCGAAAGAGAAAGUUGAGGAGAUAUCAAAAGUCAAAGGAACCGUGCUUGAUUCAGGAGGCAGUCACGCUAGUUUCUUGAUGCAGUCUUUUACUUUAACCAAGCGUUCUUUAAUCAACAUGUCAAGGGACUUUGGGUAUUACUGGUUGAGGCUUGUAAUUUACAUUGUGGUUACUGUCUGCAUUGGAACCAUCUACCUGGACGUUGGAACCGGCUACAACUCUAUCCUGGCGCGAGGUGCUUGUGCAUCAUUUGUCUUUGGAUUUGUCACUUUUAUGUCAAUUGGUGGGUUUCCUUCCUUCGUGGAAGACAUGAAGGUUUUCCAAAGAGAGAGAUUGAAUGGCCACUAUGGUGUUACUGCAUUUGUCAUCGGCAACACAUUAUCAGCAAUGCCAUUUCUAAUACUGAUUACUUUUAUCUCUGGAACUGUUUGCUACUUCAUGGUCCAACUCCACCCGGGCUUUGAACACUAUCUGUUCUUUGUGUUGUGCCUUUAUGCAAGUGUCACUGUUGUGGAGAGCUUGAUGAUGGCCAUAGCCAGCAUUGUUCCCAAUUUCCUGAUGGGCAUCAUCAUAGGAGCCGGAAUACAGGGAAUAUUCAUGCUAGUCUCUGGGUAUUUCAGACUUCCGAAUGACAUUCCAAAGCCUGUCUGGCGUUACCCAAUGUCAUACAUUAGUUUCCAUUUCUGGGCUUUACAGGGACAAUACCAAAAUGAUCUGAAGGGCUUGAUCUUUGACAACCAAUCUCCAGAUCAACCAAAAAUUCCGGGUGAAUACAUACUGGAGAACGUGUUCCAGAUUGAUGUGAACCGGUCAAAAUGGGUGGAUCUCAGCGUUCUCUUCAGCAUGAUUGUCAUCUACCGCAUAAUCUUCUUCAUCAUGAUCAAGAUCAGUGAGGAUGUGACCCCUUGGAUCAGAGGUUACAUAGCAAGGAGAAGAAUGCAGCAGAAAAAUGGAAAUCAAAAUACGACAAUUGCUCCAUUUGGUCUCACCCAAUCUCCUUCCCUGAGGACCUAUAGCUAGAUGCGGCCAAGUAUUGCCAGUGUUUAGAGUUUGAUGUGCAAGUGCAUGAUUUCCACCCCCAUUGUGAUACACCCCAUUUAAAUGGAUAGCGAGUUAGGGCCACGUGGCGCUUGCCCAUUAAAAUGAUGUAGCGACGAGUAAGUAGUUUGAGAAAAAGUUCGAUGCACAACCACUCAUCUACUACAUAUUUUUAAUACAAAGGAUCGCUUUUGGUUGCCGCCCAAAAAUGCAUAUUCCCAUCACUAGUUUGAUCAUUAGUUAUUGAUUAUUAUUUUAGAAGAUUUCUAGAAAGAGUGAUGGUGUACGUAACAUUGCAUACCUCAAGUUGACCAUGAUAUUAAGAGGGUGUUUCGCUUAAAAG